AUGGGUGCCAGGGGAAACCAUACCGUGGAUACGAGCAAGCAGUUGGCGGCGCUUAGGGAGUUGAUGAAGAAGGAGAAUGUGGACGUUUGGGUUGUGCCUAGCGAAGAUCAGCAUUAUAGUGAAUAUCUUGCCCAUUGUGAUGAACGACGUGCCUUCAUCUCUGGGUUCAAUGGAUCUGCGGGAUGUGCGGUCAUCACCCUCGACAAGGCCUACCUCUUCACGGAUGGACGAUAUUUCCUUCAGGCUGAGAAACAAUUGGAUUCGAACUGGACGUUGAUGAAACAGGGAUUGCCCGAUGUACCAACAUGGCAAGACUUCCUGCACAAGACCCUCGAUGGAUCCCUCAAGAUUGGUAUUGACGCUACCAUUAUCACCGAAGAGGAUGCCGCAGGCCUGAGGAAGAACCUUGCCCCAAAGAAAUCCGAACUCGUCCCUUCCAAGAAGAACCUCGUCGAUAUCGUUUGGGGAAGUGAGAGACCUGCUCGCCCUCAGAAUCCCGUCUUCCAUCUCGACGAAAAGUACUCUGGCCAGUCAUUCAAGGAAAAGGUCAAGAAGGUUCGAGAGGAGAUCGCGAAGGAGAAGGGCAAGGCGUUUGUCGUGACCAUGCUCGAUGAGGUCGCGUGGCUGUUCAACCUGCGAGGCUCUGACAUCGAUUACAACCCCGUCUUCUUCGCGUACGCGGUCGUGACGCCCGACGAGGUCGUCCUAUUCAUCAACGAGAAGCAACUCGACGAUGCAGCCAGGGAUUAUCUCGGUCAAGAUGUCAAGAUCAGGGGCUACGAUGAGCUCUACGACUACCUCAAAGAGCUGCCCAAGAGCCUCAGUCUGACCGGCGACAAGGACGGGGAGAAGAUCCUCGUGACAUCCAGAACCUCGCUCGCCAUUACCGAAACCAUCACGCCUCCAUCCUCCCCCGAAUCAACCACCUUCCACAAAGUCGUCCGCUCGCCCGUCGGGGAUCUCAAGGCCAUCAAGAACGCUGUUGAGAUCGAAGGGUUCAGGCAGUGCCAUAUUCGGGAUGGAGCUGCGCUAGCUCGAUAUUUUGCCUGGCUCGAGGAGGCGUUGAAUGAGGGCAAGGAGGUAUCGGAGUACGCGGGCGCGGAGGUGUUGGAGAAGUAUCGCAGUGAAUUGGAUUUGUUCAGGGGUUUGUCGUUUACGACUAUCUCGUCGACUGGGCCCAAUGGCGCGAUCAUUCACUACUCUCCUGAUCCUCAGGAUUGUGCGAUCAUCAAGAAGGAUCAGGUCUAUCUCUGUGAUUCUGGAGCUCAAUUCUCGGACGGAACUACGGACGUGACUCGAACAUGGCAUUUCGGUACACCUCGUCCAGAAGAAGUUCGCGCCUUCACCCGUGUCCUCCAAGGCCACAUUGCGAUCGACACCGCCGUGUUCCCCAAUGGAACGACUGGCUACUUGAUCGACUCCUGGGCGCGUCGAUCGCUUUGGCAAGACGGUUUGGAUUACCGCCACGGGACUGGCCAUGGUGUCGGCCACUUCCUCAACGUGCACGAGGGUCCUCAGGGUAUCGGUGUCCGGAUAGCAUACAACAACACCGCUUUGAAAGCGGGUAUGACGGUCUCGAAUGAACCGGGGUACUACGAAGACGGGCAGUACGGUAUUCGAAUUGAGAAUAUCGUCAUCGUCAAGGAAGUCAAGUUGCCCAAUAACUUUGGAGAUAAGGGAUACCUUGGGUUUGAGCAUGUUACUAUGUGCCCGAUCCAGACCAAGCUUAUCGACGCUUCACUCCUGACGGAACCAGAGAAGAAGUGGGUCAACGAUUAUCAUCAGGAGGUGUGGCAGAAGGUGUCGCCGUUGUUGCAGAAUGAUAAGAGGGCGUUGGAGUGGUUGAAGAGGGAGACUACGCCUAUCUAG